CUAUUUUCUCAAAUAACCAACUAUAUGUAUAUCACAGCUUAUAAUAGAACACUUUUUUGAUUUGUCUUAGAUACCUUAUAUUCUUUGAUGAUGGAUAUACACAGUAUGUAUACCAUAAGAAUAUUCGCCUUGUGUGUGGUCAGUCACGAAAUUUUAAGGACGAUGUACAUGAAAAUAUUCGUGAAUUCGUCCAGGUUUAUUUCCAAAAAUAUCCAGAACGGCCUAUGGUGAAGUUUAAUAAAAAACAAAUAGUUCGCGCAGAACUAAACAACAUAUGGGGUUCAGCCAAAGUGAAAAACAUAGAUGCAUCAUUAGUACAGUUAAAAUUCCUUGAUACCAAGAACGGACACACAGAGUAGAUGUAUCGUGGCUCAAAUAGGUUGGGCCCAAUAUUCAAUCAAUUAAGUAGUAGCAAUCAAAAUAAGCGUGGUUUGACUGAUGUUAAUAAGUUAUUAAACCGGCCAUAUAUUGAAGUGGAAAACCUAUCUGAUAAUGAUAAAACUAUUAAUAUUGCUGGCAGUGACAACACUCGAAACACUCAAGAAAAUAGUGGUGUAAUUAAAUCAAUUGAAAUACCGGCAAACUGUCCAAAACCUCGUCCUUAUGUUGCCCAUCAAUGUUCUAAUUUGUGUAUGAUAUGUGUUCACUAUGACUACAAUCAACUAAAAGAUAUGAAUAUUUUAAGCAUUCCAUUACAUUAUGGAUUUAUGAGGUCUAUAAUAACAGAUAAAAAAAUUAAAUUAAAAAAAGUAAUAUAUACCACUCCUUGUGGGUGUAAUAUAGAUAAUGAAAGCAGAAUGUACAAGUACUUAAAAGUGACAGGGUAUGCUAUUAGCCAAAUGACUAUAGAUUUAUUUAAUUUUGAUUGUAUGGUGAAUCCGCUGUCUUCGUUCAGCGUACCAAAAGUGUUUAUUCGCAUACCCGAUAUAUCAUACGAGAUGGAGUUUAAAACAAUAAGCGUUGUAAACAGUUAUAAUGCCUCGGUACCAAAACACAUAAAGUAUAUAAAAAAUCGCAAAACUACCCCUGACAUUAAUUUGAAUAUAGACUCAAAAUUUUUAUGUGGAUGCGAUUGUAUUAAUAAUUGCGAAGACAAAGAAAAAUGUGCUUGUUGGCAACUUACCAACGAGGGUCCAAAAAAUUAUCCCAAUUUUUUCAAAGACCAUGACGACAUUGGCUAUAGAUUCAAACGGCUACACGAACGAGUAAUCACUGGUAUUUACGAAUGUAAUGCCAAUUGUAAAUGUGAUAAAACUUGUUUAAAUCGAGUUGUUCAAGAACCACUGAAGACAUCACUGCAAGUGUUUUUAACUGAAAAUAAAGGAUGGGGGGUGAGAACACUUGCUGAUAUUCCCAAAGGAAGUUUUGUUUGUACAUAUCUUGGGGUGGUUCGCACAGAUGAUGAUACUGAAAAUGAUUUAAAAAAUGAUUGUUUAAAUUGGGGCCAGUAUACGGCAGAAUUGGAUUUUAUCGAGACAGUUGAAGAGGCCAAAGAUGGAUAUGAAAGUUAUGUGGUCCAGCCUGAAGACGAAAGUGAACAUAAUACUAGUUCAUCUGAUUAUGAAGAGUUGUCAACUUCUUCAUCUGAUGAUUCAUCUGAUGAUUCUAAUUGGGAAAUCCAGAGUGAAAUUAAUAAAAUGUUUGUAUCUAAAAUGUCGUUAAGGAAUUUACAAGAUACAAAUACAAAAAUUGAUGGCGAACAUGAACUGUCCAAGUUAAAUACUCAACAAAAAGAUCAAAGUGAAAGCAAAUCUUUGCGAAGGUUCCUUGAUAAAGACCUUGACGCCUACACAUUGGAUUCUAAAGUCAGUGGGAACAUAGGUCGAUAUUUUAAUCAUUCCUGUGACCCUAACAUAUUUAUUCAAAAUGUUUUUGUUGAUACACAUGACCUCAGAUUUCCAUGGGUGGCGUACUUUGCGCUAUCAAAUAUUCCAGCAGGAACUGAACUAGCAUUCGAUUAUAAUUAUACUGUAGGAUGCGUGAAAGACAAAAAACUUCUGUGCUAUUGCGGAGCAAGUAAUUGCAGAGUCAGACUUUUGUAACUAUUUGAUUUUUUUAUUUAAAUAUUAUGUAAAGUAUUAAAUAAA